AAAGGGAAGGAAGGAAAAGUGAAAUUUUAGCAACUUUUUAGCCUUUAGAAAACUGUGAAGGCCAAGGGUGCCUCUCUCUCUCUCUUCUCUCACUCACGCAGCACAUGUAAUUUAUAACGUGACGCCAUUUUCGGUCUCUCUCUCUCUCUCUCAUAGUGUGCAUGUGUGUGCCCCUUGUUUCUCUCUGCUCUUUGUAUAUGUAGCUGCUGCCACUACUCUCUUACUCUUACGCACGCAUUCAGUUGCAGAGAAUCAAGCCGAACACGAAGGUGAAGAAGAAGAAGAAGAAGAUCUCGUUGGUUGAUUUGUCUCUGACUUUGCUGAUCAUUCGGAUCCAAAUCCAAUCCACAAAUGAAGGAUAACAACAACAGUAAACAUAAUAACCAUGUCAUCACCUUCGACCACAAGAGGGAUGCCUAUGGAUUUACUGUGCGGCCUCAACACCUGCAAAGAUACCGUGAAUAUGCUAAUAUAUACAAGGAGGAAGAAGAGGAAAGGUCAGAUAGAUGGAAGACAUUUCUAGAUAGGCAGGCAGCAGCUUCUGAUUUGGCAACAAAAGGAUUAGUUGCGGGGGAAGAUGAGAAAGUCUUGGGUGAUGAAGCUGCAGAGCAAGAAGCUGAUGCUAGCUUGGAGAAGCAGGGUGUGGAUGGAGAUGAACCAAUUAACCACACCCCUGGUGAUUCUGACAGUGCACCUGAAAAUGGUAGUCAAAAGCCGGAGGUACCAGCAUCCGAGCAGACAAAAGUACAUAGAGUCCAGUUAUGGACAGAGAUAAGACCAUCUCUUCAAACUAUUGAGGAUAUGAUGAGCAUUCGUGUAAAGAAGAAAACUGGGCCAUUGAAAGAUGAAACAAAUAACAAUGGUGAAUUGAUCAUUGAAACACCAAAAUCACUAUCUCAUUCUGAUGAUGCUAAACCACCCAAAGGAUCAUGUGAGGAAGACUCUGAAGAUGAGUUCUAUGAUGUGGAGAGGUCAGAUCCGAGUCCAGAUAUGCCUCAAGUUGAUGGCGCGAGUAUCUCUGCAAAUGGUAAUGCUGCUGAUGCUGCUUCACAAGAGGCAUCGUGUCCUUGGAAAGAAGAGUUGGAAGUUCUUGUUCGUGGAGGAGUGCCAAUGGCACUGAGAGGAGAGCUUUGGCAAGCUUUUGCGGGUGCAAAAGCAAGGCGCGUUGAGAAGUAUUAUCAGGAUCUGCUAGCCUCAGAGGGUAAUUCUGAAAUUAAAACUAAUCAGCAAAGCGUGCAGUCAGCUGAUAAUGAUGAGAAAACAAGUGCAGAUUUUAUACAUGUGCCAGAAAAAUGGAAAGGGCAGAUUGAGAAGGAUCUUCCUAGGACAUUUCCUGGUCAUCCUGCGUUGGAUGAAGAUGGUAGAAAUGCUUUGAGACGAUUACUUACUGCUUAUGCUCGACAUAAUCCCUCAGUUGGUUACUGCCAGGCCAUGAAUUUUUUUGCUGGCUUAUUGCUUCUUUUGAUGCCUGAAGAAAAUGCCUUUUGGACCUUAAUGGGGAUUUUAGAUGAUUAUUUUGAUGGCUAUUAUUCAGAGGAAAUGAUUGAGUCCCAGGUGGAUCAACUUGUUUUUGAGGAAUUGGUGCGGGAGAGGUUUCCCAAAUUGGCCAAUCAUCUAGAUUAUCUGGGAGUGCAGGUAGGAUGGGUUACCGGACCAUGGUUUCUUUCCAUCUUCAUGAACAUGCUUCCUUGGGAAAGUGUUCUUCGAGUGUGGGAUGUGCUUCUUUUUGAAGGAAACCGCGUUAUGCUAUUUAGGACAGCGGUUGCUUUGAUGGAGCUGUAUGGUCCAGCAUUGGUAACAACAAAGGAUGCUGGAGAUGCAGUUACUUUACUUCAGUCAUUGGCUGGCUCCACAUUUGACAGCAGUCAGCUUGUAUUGACAGCUUGCAUGGGUUACCAAAAUAUAAAUGAAAGUCGAUUGCAGCAGCUGAGGAAUAAACAUAGGCCAGCGGUAAUGGCCGCAAUUGAAGAAAGAUUAAAAGGGCGUAAAGCUUGGAGGGAUUCACAGGGUCUUUCAAAGCUAUUUGGUUUUAAACAUGAUCCUAAAAACGAGCAAUCAGCUGAUAUGCUUGGGAGUUUAUCUCGUUCAGAAUCUGGUUCUACUAAUGCAGAUGAAAUUCUGAUUAGUCUGACUGGAGAGGGUGACAUAGAUUCUGUUCCAGAUCUUCAUGAGCAGGUUGUCGGGCUGAAGGUUGAACUUUGUAGAUUACUGGAGGAGAAAAGAUCAGCUAUUCUUAGAGCAGAGGAGCUUGAAACAGCAUUGAUGGAGAUGGUCAAGCAGGAUAAUAGGCGGCAACUGAGUGCCAAGGUAGAGCAACUAGAGGAAGAGAUUGCUCAGCUUCGACAGGCACUUUCUGAUAAGCAAGAACAAGAAACGGCCAUGAUUCAGGUCUUGAUGCGGGUGGAGCAAGAGCAAAAGUUGACAGAGGAUGCUCGCAGGUUUGCUGAGCAAGAUGCAGCUGCACAAAGAUAUGCUGCCCAAGUGCUUCAGGAAAAAUAUGAAGACGCAGCUGCUGCACUUGCUGAAAUGGAGAAGAGAGCAGUUAUGGCAGAAUCUAUGCUGGAGGCUACAUUACAGUAUCAGUCUGGCCAAGUUAAAGCGCAACAAUCUCCACGAUCUACACAUCCAGAAUCUGCUGCCUCGAGAAACAAUCAAGAGCCUGCAACGGAUUUUCCCAAUAGGAGGGUAGGAUUGCUUUCUCGUCCAUUUGGACUUGGGUGGCGUGACCGAAACAAGGGGAAGCCCAAUAAUGUAGAAGAGCCAGCAGAGGAGAAGCCCAUCGUUGAGGGGCAAGGUAUAAUAAGUCAACAUGAGGGCAAUGGCCUUAAAGUACCCAAAUGAAUGCUCUAAUUCCCAAGACGGUUUGAGGAGCAAGUAGUCAGUUACUCCUUGUAAUUUUUGUUCAGGAUGAACAUAUAAAUUCAUAUUCAUUAAUUGUUUGUUCUUUAUGAUGCUAUAGAAUAAUUGUAAUUGGAAAGUAAAUGUACGAUGGAGUUCAAUUGUAAUACAUCUCUCAUCUAUUCCAUUUUUGAACAUUCUUGGA